UCAAAUUGACAGACAGUUGACGUCUGUUGUUUUAUUUGUGAUGGUGUCCUCAGGAAUGUGGAGGAGAUAAAUCAUUAAUUUUUAGAAUUAAAAAGCCAUUACCAAUGUGACAAUAUUGCAGAUCGACUGUUAAAAUAAUAUGUGUUAAUUCCAUGAAAUAAUAUUUAAAACUCUUUAAGACAUUUAAAUCUCCGAAAUGUAUUUAAUGCAGUGAUAGAAAUUGUCGAAUAUGUGUACUAAAAUUCUAAUAGUUUUAUUUAGUUUUGUGUUCCUAGUCGUAUCUUCUACACAUAUAAAAGGAACUUUCUCAACAGAUGACUUUUUUAAGUUCCUGGUAAAGUUCGGCUUUCAAAAGACUGAUAUUCACUACCAGAAAGAAACAUAUGGCUACAUUUUCGGAAACAUCACCUCAAAUCAACAGUUUAAGUAUCCUAUAACUUUUGCUGUGUUAGAUGGGAAGCAUUUUAUAAAUUAUUACAAGAAUCGAGAUCUAGAAAACAAAGAGCUGGCAUGCCAGGUGAUGUUCCAGGAUUUAAAUAGUUCAGCUUACCAUCCAAAAUGUAAUGCAUAUGGGCAAGACUUAUUCAGAAGAAUACCUUGCCCGAAAGGAGAACUGUGUAUUGACGAAGACACUCCAUGGAAUGUAAUUAAGAAAAAUCAGUUUACAUAUGUUAUUCAAAAUACUGGCCAACCAAGGUUUUGGUAUGUGUCUAUGGUCGCAUGCUACUUGGAUGAGGUUAACUGCACCUGGCACCAUUACAGUGGAGCACCCACGAAGGACAGCAAAUCUCUCACGAAAGUCCCGCAAACUAUCCAGUAUGACUUCUGGCUUGUCAACGGCAGCCCUAACCUGUCCUUGUACAACACAUUGCUCUACCAGUUCUCAUUUGAUCGGCAGAACACAUUGGAGCUUUAUCUGGUGUUCUGGCUAUGCUACGUCAUUUUACUGCCAGUACAAAUUUACGCUGUCAGAACUCAAAAACACCCUGUAACCAAGUUGUUCACAUUCAGUCUUGUACUGGAAUUUGUAGCCUUAUGCUUCAAUGUUCUCCACACCGUCAAGUUUGCAGUGGACGGAGUAGGUUUCUCCGGUCUAGCAGCAGCUGGAGACAUUUUUGACAUUAUGAGCAGAACUCUGUUUAUGUUACUUCUCCUAUUACUGGCUAAGGGCUGGGCCGUGACCAGGCUUGAGCUCACUUACAAGCCUUUGGUUUUUGGCGUAUGGCUUGCCUAUGGAAUAGUGCACAUACUUCUCUAUGUUUGGAAUACUACGGAAGUGGACAUAAUCGAAGAAAUAGACGAGUAUCAAACAUGGCCCGGCUGGUUGAUCCUGACUCUCCGCGUGGCCAUCAUGACGUGGUUCGUUGUGGAGCUACGCAACACGAUGAUAUACGAGCACAACAUGCCGAAGUUGAACUUCCUCCUGCAUUUCGGCGCGUCCAGUCUGGUCUGGUUCGUGUACCUACCAGUGAUUGCGCUCAUAGCGCUGCAGAUCAGCCCGCUUUGGAGGUUCAAGUUUAUACUGGGCAUAACAUAUUCUGCCGACUGCCUGGCGUUUUGUGUCAUGGCGCACUUGCUAUGGCCGACUCGCUCGGAGCAGUAUCUGCUGUUAGCGCCAUCUGACUAUACAGCGGGAAUAGAAGAGCUUGACGAAUUCAACGAGUCGCCGCACGUGGUUCACAGCGACACCGUCGCUCUGACGUCCGAAAGCGUCAACGCGGACGACGAAGAGGUAAUAUUCACUCGCGCGCACAAAAACGGCAGCGUCUUCUCAUAGCGCCUCCCAGAAUCGCCCCCGGACGAGGACUGUCCCAAUGACAUUGACAGUGGAGAUGACAUGCGUCAAAACGAAAAUACUACAGCAAAUUUUGGUGGGUAGCACGGUUUUGGUAUACUAAUUUGACGUGUAUGCUUCCCACUGCCAAGGAUUACACACAGCGUACUAAUAAAGAUUACAAGAAUUAUUAUGUACCUAGAGAAAAAUUAUAUUAUUAUAGAAUAAUAUGGUCACUCAAUUAAGGCGAAGGGGGUAAACCAUGGUACUAAUAUUAUUAUACCCGUUUUCUUUUAUAACUAAACUUCAAUUUCAAAUUUGAAUCAGUGAUCACAAACAAAAUAAGGUUCCUUGUUAAAUUUUAUUGGGAUAACCACUUCGCCUCGUCGUUAGUUGGGGUUUCAGAAAUAAUUAUUUUAUAGGUGUACCAAACGAUUGUAAACUUUGGGGACCGACUAGUCCGUUUUAUCGUUGUUUUUAAUAGCACAAAUUAUAAUACCUACUAGCCAAUGUAAAUGUAUGAGUGAAAUACAUAUCCAUUUGUGUUACGUCGCUACUGAUUGAAUAAGCUACUGUUUUAACUAUCCAUCGGCCAUACACAAACUGGCACUAUAAUAUGUCGCGAUACGACCAGAUUCAUAGGAGUUCUUACUUCUAAAUCAAUGUCUAUAAUUUGGACAUUACACUAUAAAAUAAUAAUAAUGAAUGUUUAUUUUUGCCUAUUCUUUAGCUAUUAAAUGGUGUAAUAGAUUUUAUACCCGCCUCGCGUACAUAAAUCAGUAGGUCUAGACAAGUGGCACUAUUUGAUCGAAUCGAAAAUUAUAUCCGUUCACGGAGCGAUGUAACUCCAUACAAAAAAAAACGGCCUUUCGACCGUAUUUCGACAUUACAACUGUCACGUUUUGCCACUUGUCUAGGGGGGUAGCAUUCAACGGCCGAUCUGUAAAUCAAAUACAAGAUUUGCAUUUUACGAGAGGUGGGAUUAGCCCGUCGAAACAGUAGCUAGACUAUUUUGUAAUGAUUGUCCACAAUACAAGUAUUCCAGGUUAAAUUGCCUUCUAAGUACAGUCGCGGAAUGAAAAGGUUCGUCACCUUAGUGUCGGUUUUCGCUUGUACUAGGUACUGUAAGAGUCAAACCUGCCAACAUAACAGUGCAAGAAACAGUGCUGCUAACAUUUAAAUAAAUAUGACGUUUGCUUUGCUAACGAAUAAGGUUUUGCUUGUUUAUUUUUCUAUCCCAUCAGUGCAAUGCAAUGAUGACAUUGACCAAUUGACAAUAGUUUUUUUUAUUUAAUAGAAAUAAUAAUGGCAGGUUGAACCAACAAGAAGGUUUUAGUUUAUCAAUCAUAAUAAUCUUCUUGACAAGAUAAAUCAUCAAACAACUUUGAUCUGAAUAAUUUUGAACUUUACUGACGAACUGUUAAAGAUUAGUUUCUCUAACUCGAGAUUAUUCUGUAACAUAGUUUCAAAAGGUAAUAUGUGCUCGCGAUUCGUUGAAGGAAUCAAUUUGAAAACUGACGAACCUUUUCAUUCCGUGACUGUACAUACUGUAAAUUGUUGUACCUAUUAAUGUUAGUAAUAUACAAACAAUGAAUAUUUUAGUUCGAUGUUUUAAAAACGAAUGUGGACGAUGUCUUCUGAAUGUUGAAACAUAUAGUACUAAGUUUAGAAAAGAGGUAAUCACACAAAUAAUUAUAUGAAUGUAUGUUGGUAUGUUCCGUUAUUUAGGGGACAUAAUAUUCAAUCAAACGAGAUAAGAACAAAAUGUAAAGUAUGUGCCAACUUUGGAGUAAAUUCAUGUACUUAUCUAUGAGAAAGCUAGAUAGUCAAUAUUUAUUAGUGUUAGACGAUGUAAAAAAGUUAAAAGAAUUUACUAUAAUGUAAGGGAUAUUGUGGUGAAGUACUUGAUUAAUAUUGAUGCACGCCACUUAGUCGUACUUAUUUACAUUACAAUGCCUGCCACGAAUCUUGAGCACUCGGUGGAAGAGUAAAAAAAGUAGUUCACUACUUAAAUACUUAUUUUGAGAACUUAUUUAAUACCUACUCUACCUAUGGCACGUAUUUGGGCCUGUAAAUGCUACUUAGUUAAUACUACACCUUAAAAUUGAGCGAAGUAAACAUAAUUUAUAAGGGUUAAAUCAACCUCUACAGAUGUUGCGCGUUGUUGCAAGGUGUUGCACAAACACCUUUUCCAUCUGUGCGUAGGAUCCGUGGCGGAGAUUGUACAAUGCAUUAUUGGUGUUGCCAGCUAAACUAUUGUAUAGAUAUAAAUGGUGUUCUUAUUGAUGUUUCUUCAUUAUGUGGAAGGCGUUUAGAAAAAGUACCAGAGGAUGUGUGGCGAGCAAAUUAUAGUGAAUUUUUUAAAGGGUAAGAAACCAGCACAAAUAUAUUUUUCACUGUCAAGUCAAGCUGUGCAACUCUUGUACUUUUUGCGAUAAGUAGAUUGAAAUUCUAUGAAAGUUAUAUUAUUGGCUUCACUUCAUGUUCUUUGACUACAAUUUAUUUGAAAUUUCUUCUAGAUCUGCUUCAAGCACGCUUUAGUUCUUUUUCCGAUACAAAAUUUAGUUACAUUAUUAAGAAGAAACGAUGGAAUAUUGUAUGUAAAUGGAAAACGUGUAUUACUAAAACACGAGUAACGCUGAAACAUUCUUAUGAACUAAACACUAUUAUGUAUUACAUUUAUACAAAUACGUAGCGUAAUCUUAUAUCGAAUAUAUUACGAUAAAUUAUGGACUUGUGUACAGUGAAUUUUUAUUAGUAAGUGGAUAAAAUAUUGAAGUACAAUUAGAUCUCAUGUUUGAUGUGAUCAUCGUUAUACGCGGUUUUGAUACAAGAAUUUGUUAUUUAGAUACAUUGAUACUUAUUUUUUAUCCUGAUAUCCUUUAUUUAUACAGUCUUGAAGUAUCUAUUCAUGUAUAUCUUAACAUACUGAGAUUAUUUUGUAAAUUGAGGUGCGCUAUUAUUAAUUUGCAAUUCUGACUCCUACGUGAGUUUUGGGCGAAUGUUUUGGCUGUUAUUAAACUCAAACUUUAUAUUUAGACUUGAUUCUUUAACUAUAUUUAUUACUUGCUUCCGAGACUCUAAUCUCAGCAUAUUGUUGUAAAAUAAAACGGCAGUGAAUACAGAGCCCCGAUUACGGUAAUUUUUAACGUCAACAAUCCAGACACGCUUCUCGAUUCUGCGAUACGAUUGGUCGUUCAACAGCGUACGUCAGCUGUUUUGACCAAUCGUAUUGCAGAAUCAGAAACGCGUCUGGAUUGUAGACGUUAAAAGUUACCGUAAUCGGGGCUCAGAUUUAGAUAUUUAUCUUGCGAUCGAAACUAUUUUUUUAUGUUACCUUAUACAUAUAGAUAUACUUUCAGUCAUCUCAGUGAAUGCAAUGCUAUUGACAUAAUAAAAUUUGUAAGUACAUAUUAAGUACAGCUUUAAUGUUUAUUUUGAAUAUUAUUUUGUACCUACAUGCUUCGCGCUCGUCUUUUUACUGAAAAUUAUAUUUUUGUUACUACCAACAUUUACCACAAGGUAAAGGUGUGAUGAUGUAAUGUCAAUUAAAUAUUAAAUACGAUAUAAAUCACAAUGUUGAACUACUAAUCAUAUUUUUGUUAUUUUUGCAUAUGAGCGCGGAGCAGUUUUUCGUAAAAUGAUAAUAAGGUCCAAACGCACUAGGUGUUAAGCUUACUUUUAACAGCGACUCUUGCAACGUCAACGGCAAAUCAAUCCUGGCAGCCGAUUUUAUACCUUACUAAAAAUUGCAUUUUAUUAUUUCAAUCGAUUACUUAGUUGCUAAUUUUCUUUUUCUAAUUCGUGUUGAUGUCAUGACUUAACUGGGCGAAUAUUUGUCUACCCGCGUCGGUUAAAUGCGCCUUGGUCUUUGCCGCACCAUGUUACAACGAUGAAUGUAAGUGCAUUUGGACCUUUAAUGAAAUUAUGAAAAGUACUGUAGGCUAAUUCGAUGUUGUGCGGUGUUCAAUUAGUCGGAACCUUUCUACUAAAAUAUUUUAUGGACAUGCUCUUUACAUGAAAUGGACUUUUGAAACAAGCGGGUUAUCGCAAUCUCCAGUGCAGUUGACUAAACACAAUAUUACUUUCACUUAUUAAUUAUAUUUAAAUGUAAGCUUUUCUGUACCUUCGAAAUCAUUGUAAAUAAAUCUUUCAUAUUAUA